UUUGUGUUGCUAGGGUCAGUUAAAUUAUCGGCUCCGAUAAGGCGAUUCUCUGUAGACAUAGCAGCUUCUGGGUUAGAGUUCCAAAGUUCCAAGAACUCGGAUCUGGAGUCUAAAGUUGCUCUGCCUAGUUCCCAAAACGAGAGAUAGGCCAAGCUCAAUGGAGAAGUUGCAGGUGCUCCUAAGGCAUCCUAUCUUCUGCAACCUGUUCUUGCUGCUAGUUUAUGUUCAAGCAUGUUCAAACCUUGCUAUGGCUGGUUCCAUAGUUAAGUUUCUUCCAGGAUUUGAAGGACCCCUCCCCUUUGAACUCGAAACCGGGUACAUUGGAGUUGGUGAAUCAGAGGAUGUGCAGCUCUUCUACGCUUUUAUCAAGUCAGAGUCAAAUCCUGAAUCGGAUCCUCUUAUCCUUUGGUUAGAUGGAGGACCUGGCUGCAGUUCAUUUAUUGCACUUUUCUUUGGGACAGGGCCAGUAAUUGUCGAGCCAUUGUCGUUCGACGGCACUCUGCCCAACUUGGUAUUAAAUCCCCAUACUUGGACCAAGGUUGUAAGCAUCAUCUUUCUGGAUUCGCCAGUUGGAACUGGUUUUUCUUAUGCUAAGACUGCAGAAGCUUCUCAAUCUUCAGAUUUUCAAGCCUCUGAUCAAGCUUAUGAAUUUAUCAGGAAGUGGCUACAUGAUCACCCAGAGUACAAGUCGAAUCCAUUCUAUGUUAGUGGAAUCUCGUAUGGGGGCAUUCCUGUUCCAAUAUUAACUCAACUUAUAUCAAAUGGAAACGAGGACGGCAUUGAACCACGUAUUGAUCUUAAGGGAUACAUACUUGGAAAUCCACAGAUCAAGGUUUCAGGACUUCUGAACUAUAGGGUUCUGUUUGCUUAUAGGAUGGGGCUGAUUUCUGAUGAACUCUAUGAGUCCUUGAAGGUUAGCUGUAAAGGGGAAUAUGAAAUCAUAGAUCCCAGUAAUGCAGUGUGUUCGAAAAAUAUGCAGGCAUACAAUGAGUUGGUGGUUCGUAAUAUUGACAAUCAAAAUAUCUUGAUUCCCGUAUGUCAUCCCCUUUCACGAGAGCCAAAUAAAUUAUUUACUGGUGGGAGAUCCAUUAUGCAAAUGUUGUAUGAGAAGUUUGAAGAGCUAGACGUUCGGGAAUCUACUCAUGUCAAAUGUCGAACAGAAUGGACUAUGCUCCUUCAGCACUGGGCUAACAACAAGAGUGUCCAAGUGGCCCUCCAUGUGCGAAGGGAAACUAUCGGACAGUGGUUAAGAUGCAACGAUUUCUUGCCAUACACAGAAAAUGCAGCGACUGUUGUACCAUAUCAUGCAAACCUUAGCACUAAAGGUUAUAGAUCCCUUGUAUACAGUGGUGACCAUGAUCUGUUGGCCCCGCACAUUGAAACUCAAGCGUGGAUAAGAUCUCUACAUUACCCAAUUAUUGACGAUUGGAGACAGUGGAUUCAUGAAGGCCAAGUUGCCGGAUACACAAUGACCUACGCAAAUAAGAUGACAUUUGCAACAGUGAAGGGAGGAAGCCAUGUUGCUUAUAUGUUCAAGCCUGCCGAAUGCAGAACUAUGCUUGAGAGAUGGAUAUCGCAUCAGCCUCUCUAAUCAGUUGGCAUAUGGAUAUGAACAUUUUUUAUGACUUCUGAGCAUCAAAUGUUCCACUCUUAAAUAUAAAUUAUUGUAACUUUGGGUCAUGAGACGCUUCUACUCUAACUCUCCAAUGGAUUGCCUUCUUAUGGAGAUAUGAUUAGUGGAGAAGUGAAUAAAAUGUAGUAGUUAAAAUUGGAAUCACGUUACGCCUCCAAACAUUUCUAUA